AUGCUUUGGCUCAGGCGACUGAUACGAAGCCAGUCCCGUUUCGCUCUUUUCCACAUUGGCCCCCGCCAAGCUACCACUCCCCCAGCGAUCCGGCAUGUAAGAUUCAGACGGCCUUGGCUUAGGUCAUUUUUGGGGAAAACAUUACUUUAUGGCACCGCUUUCCACCUAUGGAGCUCUUUUGUCCUAAUUCAAUUUGAUGAGGAGGACCGAGAUACCCAUGAUGUGGACUCGAUAUCCGAAGCCGAAGUCAAAGAAACUACAUCACGACCAUCCUCCCAAAGCAGCCCAGACGAAGGUCGGAUGGGGGAUGGGGUGGAAGAGGAGGACCCUUUAUUCAUCCCACUCACAUGGUCUCGUCUCCAAGAGGGCGAUCUGUAUGCCGCGUCUGAUCCUGAAUGGCAAGAGUUUGUCAAGAUCUCCAAAGACCGAAAAAACGCCUCGUCUCGAAUGUCCCAGAUUCUGGGGGGCCCUCUUUCCUUGACCGGGUUCUGGCUGGUCCACCAAUUUCCGUCUCGUGCUCCGCCAGGCUACCUUCGAUCCGGCCUUGAAUUCACCGACGACAGUAUAUCUUGGGUGACCAAGGCUAUGGAGCCCGACGUUGGAGAUAGACUGCAGACUGUGAUGAAACCAAUUCACGUGGCUCUGGCUAUCAAAGAUGCCUAUUUGAUCUUCCUAACCCGACAACUUGCUCGUCUCAAGGACCCCAAUAGUCAGCCAUCGGAUGCUCUGGAGGUAUUGAAUGGUCGGUACAUCCUAUCGGGCAACGAGCGACUUAGCCCGAUCAGCCCCAACGAGCAACCUAAAUUACCGCCCCUAAUAUCCGAUGAGGCCCCCAACAGCAUUUCUUCCCACGACAACCCAGACCUUCCUGACCUUCAUCCAUCUUCUAUCAUCUCCUCCUUGCAGCGCCUUCCCUUGCCAGACCUUGGUCCGGGGUCCGACCUUCACCUCGCCUCCAUGGCAUUCAAGCUGCGUUUGAACGAAUAUCGUGCUCAAAAUCCACGAACACCCCAACGGGGUACAUUCUUUAUCUCCGGCCCGGUGGGUCUCAAGGGGCCGGAUGGGUUCUGCAGAUUCGAGGUUCGUGGCGAAUACGACCCGGCCAAGUCUGCAUGGCGAACAGUCGAGAUGAAACUGAAGGAUAUCAAUCCCAGAAGGCAGAGGCCGAGAGGGUCGGCGUGA